CUUUGACCGUCCCUCAGGCAGCUACACCUGCAGAUCUUCUUCUGCUCUGUUACCUCGGAGUAACUGCCUUUCCCUUAUCCCUCCCCCCUAAGGCACACUCAUCAUGGAUCCGAAAGAAGAGAAGCAGACGGACUUGACGGUGUCCCCCGACACCCAUCGCUCCAUCGAUGAGGAUCCUUUGGCUGCUACCCAGAAGACCUUCUGGGAGCGCAGUUGGCCCACCUUUGCUUGUGGUGCUGGCCUCUGGUCCGACGGCUACCUGCAAUACGUCAUCGGAACGGUCAACACGAUGCUAGAUAAGCUCUACCCCGACGUCUACGCGGGAUCGACCUAUAGUCAGAACGUCUCCUCGAUCGCCUUUGCCGGCACGGUGGUGGGAAUGCUGGUCUUCGGCUACAUGUCCGACCACUGGUCGCGCACCAACACCCUGAUGGUCUCUACCGUGAUUCUCUUCGUGUUUGGCGCACUGUGUGCUGGCGCCUAUGGAGCGAACGGCAGUCUGACUGGCAUGUUCACCGCGUUGACGGUCUAUCGUUUCUUUCUGGGCUUGGGCGUGGGCGGCGAAUAUCCGGCCGGGUCGGUGGCCGCCGCGGAGAGCAGUGGAGAGAUGAAAAAGGGCCAACGUCAUCGGUGGUUCAUUUUGUUCACCAACUUUCAGCUCGAUUUGGCCUCGGUCGCCUCCUCGCUGGUGCCCAUGAUUGUCGUGCUGGCCUGUGGCGAGAACCACCUCCGCGCCGCCUGGCGCAUCUGUCUGGGUCUCGGAGUCAUCCCCCCGCUCAGUCUGAUCUACUUGCGGAUGAAGCUCAAGGAGCCCACCGAAUAUACGCGCGAGAAGAUGCACAAGUUUCCCAUCUGGUUGAUUGUGAAAUUCUACUGGAAGCGCUGGUGUGCGGUUUCCCUCAUUUGGUUUAUGUACGAUUUCUCGACCUACUCCUUCAGUAUCUACUCCUCCCAAUGGCUGUCUUUGAUCAUCGGCGACGACGCCCCCCUCUGGGUCACCCUCGGCUGGAACACGGUGAUCAACGUCUUCUACCUGCCCGGCUCGGCUCUAGGCGCAUUCCUGAGCGACUGGUAUGGGCCUCGCAACACCCUGGCUGGCGGUGUCUUCGUACAAGGCGUGAUCGGCCUGAUCAUGACGGGCUGCUACCCGUACCUGGACACCAGCCAUUACGUCGCCGCCUUCGUCGUCGUUUACGGAAUCUUCCUCGCCAUGGGCGAAGUCGGCCCUGGCGACAACAUCGGUCUCUGCGCGGCCAAGACCUGCGCCACCCCGAUCCGCGGCCAGUACUACGGCACGGCCGCCGCCAUGGGCAAGGUUGGGGCCUUCGUGGGCACCUACGUUUUCCCCGUCAUCGUCCGGAACGCCCCCAACAAGACCCGCCAAGGGCAAGACCCGUUCUACGUGUCCAGUGCGCUGUGCAUCUUCAGCGCCUUCUUGGCGUACUUCUGUCUGCCAAAUAUCACACAGGACACGAUCACCCAUGAGGAUGUGCGGUUCCGGGAGUAUCUGGAGUCGAAGGGCUACGAUACUUCGACGAUGGGGUUGUCGAGUGCGGAGUCGGAGUGAUCGAUGCAAGGUAGCAUUGAGAGGAGCAUCAUUGUGUUUCCAGGGAGCGGAGAUCUGUCAUGACGUGUGCAACCAACUACUGAUGUGAUUAUGCCAUAAUACAUAUUGUCUAAUGAAGUGAUG